GAACUUCAACACCUGUUGCACUUUACUCACAUGCUCUGAUGCUCCGACUAUGGCGUUCUGAUUAGGAUUCUUGGACAUAAAUACACGAAUAUCGUUUAAUUAUUGUCUCUCUCUAGCAGUUAACAAUGUUUCGCACAAUUUGUACAUUUGCGAGAUUUGUUCGCAUUCCCACGUCCACUUUAUUAAGGCAGGGUGGUGUAAAAUGCUGGUCUAUAGGGGGCGCUAGCUCAUUCACGAGGGGGUUUUGCGACAAGAAUCACGGAGGAAUUCCUCCAUGCAAGAAUCAAGGACAAGCUAAAAUGGUGGAAGUGCAUGAAGGAGUGCGACCUUUGACCUGGCUUCUGGGCCAAUGGGAGUCCAUCGAAGCCAAAGGAUCGUACCCCAACACAAACUCCUUCAACUACACAGAGACCCUGAAGGUCACUCACUUGGGACAGCCAGUUCUGAAUUUCUACUCUGAGACUUGGCUGGAGGGCCUUCCAUUUCACGAUGAGACCGGCUUUAUCAAAAUGAAGCAGGGCACCAGCAGGGUGGCUUACAUCUGUGCCCAGAAUAUCGGGUUGGUUGAGAUAGAGGAAGGGGAGUUGGAUGGAACUUCCAUUGAGUUCAUCCCGGAGGAGCCCUCGGUCUUGAGAACAAGCUUUGGAACCAAGGCACUUGGUGCAACCGCACUUAAAAGGACAUUUCGUCUGGACUCAGAGGGCAUUUUGGAGCAGAUUGUCUACAUGUCAACUUUUAAGGUGCCGAUGACAAAGCACUUGCACGUCAAGUACAAGAAAAGGGACACCGCAAAUUUGUAAUCGCCAUUUUUCAGAACACUGCCGAAGUUCUAAGUUAGACUGGAUUUGAUUCAUCUUUUUGUCUUGAACCAAGACUAUUGCCCUUGAGUGAUUGCUCAUGGGGCUUUUCCAAAACCUCAUUUUUGGCCCAGAUUUGACUUAAACUUUUCAGCCUCUUAGUUUUGGAACUUGAAGUGACGUGAAGUUUUUGAAGAUUCAUAUGAAAAAUCAUUGAAAUCAGUAAUUUUCAAUCAAUGAAGUUAGGGGCAGUCUAUCUUGAUUUAAUGUCUCUGUGCCUUUGCAUUGCUUAAUAAAUAUGUGAUUUUUCCAAGGAGAAUUUCAGAGUCGCUAUUAUGGCACUUUUGCCAAAGUUUGAGAAUACCAUGUAGGGUCAUUCAAUAUACAAAUGCUAGUCUGGCACCCUAGCCAACUCAGGUGAGCUCCCUUUAGCAAUGAACCUGCAAGGCCCUCGUGGGUGGCUGUCCAAUAUGGCUUCAGUUUAAAAUUCUCUGCAGAAACAUUAGCAAUACUACAGCUUUAUUUGCAAAGUAGCUUAUUCCAGAAAAAUAUCUAUAAUUAUUUUGACCUUAAAAAAUGAAAAGAAAAACAAAUUGCAUAAUUUUGUUUUGUUUUAGCAACUACAAGAAGUGGUUUGAUCUUGAUCUUAAUCAGUACUGAACCUAAAAAUAAAAACACCUAACAUUUCAACAGAUAGAGGGUGGAGUAUACAAUCAAGCAACUGAAUUGUGAUUUUGGACCACCCAAUUUAAGUGAAUAUUAAAUGUGCAUCCAUUUUAUCUUAUGCAAAUCGUUUACCCUUUGCACAAAAAUGCUUUUAAAAAGCACUCCAAUACUGAAAUUGACAUCGGAAGAAACUUGUAUAUUUUUGUGAUUUGCUUUUACAUAAAUAUUAAAUAUAUUUUAAAUUUGGACUUAAUUUCAUAUUAGGCAGAUUUUCUAUGUGUGAUGUAUAAAAAUGCUUGAAUAACAGAAUAAUACUAUCCAGCUUGAAA